GAAGGAGGCUGCGGGGCUGAGCCUCGGCCCGGACUACAUUUCCCAGGGGCCCACGCUCACGCUGAUGAGGUAACACUCCGCUCUCGAGAAAUCCAGACGUGCCGGGAGCCGGGGGUCAGGAUGGCCGACCAGCGAGUGUUCCUGCUGUCCUGCCCUGUUCAGCACUAUGCCUGGGGAAAGGUGGGUUUUUCCAGUGAAGUAGCCCAGUUGCUGGCAAGCAGUGACCCGCUGGUCCACAUUCAAGAGGACAAGCCAUAUGCAGAGAUGUGGAUGGGAACCCACCCCCGGGGUGAUGCUGUGAUUCCUGACGUUGAUAUCUCGGAGAAGACCCUGGGGCAGUGGAUCACCAACAACUUGACUUGCUUAGGGCAGAGUGUCAAAGAAACCUACCAAGAUCUGCCUUUCCUCUUCAAAGUGCUGUCUGUCAAUACAGCCCUUUCCAUCCAGGCACAUCCCAAUAAGGAACUUGCAGCGAAGCUUCAUACCCAGGCCCCUGAACACUACCCAGAUAAAAACCAUAAGCCAGAGAUGGCCAUAGCCCUUACCCCUUUCCAGGCCUUAUGUGGCUUUCGACCUGUCCAGGAGAUCGUGGACUUUCUUCAUAAGGUGCCAGAGCUCCGGUUGCUGAUUGGCAAUGAGGCAGCGGAACAGCUAGAGCACAGCAUGGGCCAGGACCUCCAAGCUACCUCUUCUGCCCUUCGGGUCUGCUUCACCAAACUGAUGAAGAGUGAAAAGAAGGACUUUGAGGAACAGCUCAACAUCUUGGUGAAGCGCAUCUCUCAGGAAGUGGCAAAAGGGAAAGAUGUGACAGACAGUAAUGGAGCGCUCCUCCUGAAGCUUCAUGAACAGUAUCCUGGCGACAUCGGCUGCUUUGUCAUCUACUUCCUGAACUUGGUGGUGCUAGAGCCAGGAGAUGCCAUCUUCCUGAAGGCCAAUGAGCCCCAUGCAUACCUAAAUGGAGACUGUGUGGAGUGUAUGGCAUGCUCAGACAACACAGUGCGGGCUGGCCUGACACCCAAGUUCAUUGAUGUGACAACCCUGUGUGACAUGCUCAACUACACGCCAGCCCCAAGCAGUUCAAAACUGUUUCUUCCCGUGGCUGCUGAAUCUGACCCUUAUGUCUCCAUCUAUGAUCCACCUAUACCUGAAUUCACAGUUUUAAAGAUCAAGAUUCCUUCCACCACUCGUUUCUACAUGAUUAACAACAUAGAGUCGGCCAGCAUCCUCCUGGUGGUGAACGGAAAAGCAAAGGGUAACUCAGAGGCAGCCAAGUCUGAGCUCUCCUUGCAGCGCGGCACCGUAGUCUUCAUUGCAGCCAACGAGCAUCUCUCAUUGGAACUCAGUUCCGAGGAGGGUUUGCUCAUGUUCCGGGCCUGCUGUCUGACCUAGCCACCCGUCCUCUCCUCACCUGCCACAGCCUCGCCACACUUGGCUCUGUGAUCUCUAGUCAGUCUCUUGUGUCUGUAUUAUGUCUUGGGGCAGCUGCAAGAAAGUAGGCCCGAGGGUCAUGAUCAUGCCAGCAGUUCUUCCUUAACCCCCAUCUAGUGGAGUUGGGGAAGUGACCUGUUCUACAUGGGUAGGGCAACAAUCUGACCAAUAGUGGAAAAGAGAUAUACAUGCUGUAUCUCUGGAAGUAUUUAAACACACAAUUAAAUGUAGACUGUCCAUCAAAGAUGUUGUACUGGGUGGGACAUUGGAUGUAAGCCCUCCCCAUUCUUAAGGUACUAGAUUUAAAACAUGGCACAGGGCACCCCUGUUGGAAACACUGUGCCUGCUGGACCUGAUGCUCCGAAACCUGAGCAAGGCCUUUCCUCCCCUCAUUUGCCUCAGUUUCUUAUUCUGUAGUGAGGUGAGUGGGUGGGCUGGUGGUUGAGCACCUUCCUCCAAAGUUUGCAGUGAGCCUCUUUUGGGCAGACUAGUGAGGAGGGGAUGUAUAGUUUCUAAAGAAGGAUUUUUCUCCACCACUGGACACGAUGCCACAACCCUCAGGGGAUGGUUGGUUCAAUACAGAUUCUGCUGACAUGCUAACACACUUGUCUUCCUCCAACACUCGCUAGAGCGCUCUAUUUCCAGCAGGCUUCCAAGAAGCAUCUGUUGAGUUGACACACUAGUUCACUUUGGUGUUCCUGGUUGUUUUACCUUGAUUUUGGCCUUAAAUGUCCACAGAAGGAACUUCUGUCAGUGCAAGUCAGCAUCUCAGGAGCUGCCUAGAGCUGAGGCCAGCCAAGAUCUGAUGGAACUUGAAUCUGGGUCUCCUGCAAUGAGCUCCCCAGGAGGUCAUCUGAACUUUCUUAGCAGAAAUAGCAGGGCUAGGGAAGUGCAUGUGCCUAUGUUGAUAAAAGCUCUGAGCCAGCUCACCCCUCAGGGUUCAGAGUGAGCCAGCACCUGCUGACGCUGGAGCUACAGCUGAGGGGUGUGCCAUUACCCCAAUUCCUAGUUCCUGCAGGGAGGAACUGAGAUCUUGCUAGGAUCCACAGAUCCAGAUCUUUCAUCUCUCACCCUGGAGGGCUCAUGAUAGCAGCCCCCACAACAGUGACACAUACAGGUUCUGUAGCAUGAAGAAAUUUAUUGAUAUUAUAAACUCUGCUCAUGAUAGAAAACUCUAAGCCAUACACAUCUCUGAAUAUACAUACUAUGUACUAUGUACACCACAUAAACCCACCUCCAGAUUAAGCAGCCAAAACAAACCGGUCCAUUUUCCCAAGUGUACUGAUUGUCAGUUGCAGAGCACCAGAAGGUGAGGGACCCAAAGCAGCCCUGUCACUGGUGGUGCGGGGCCAUGGGACUUUAACCAGCAGCUUGGUCUGAGGCUGGGGUUCCAGACAGAUGAUGUUUCAUUGACAAUACUGUUCAAUAUCCACCCUCUUACAAGUUCUACCUAGAGCCUUUACAGCUUCCUGUCAGAAUGGAAUCCCCACUGACCUGUGAGGCAGGAUGAGCAUUAGUGCCAGAAACUUCAGAGGCCCUUUUCAUUUCAACGAGACAACCAAAGAAACAACUGGGGUGGAAAGCCAAGAGCUAAAGCAGGGGGUCAGAACAACCCCAUAAGUCUAGGGAAGAACCCUGGUUCUGGGCCUAGAAACAGGCUUGGAGUCCAGGCUUUUCUACCUUUUCAUCCCACUGGGGGAAUGCCUGAACCUCACUCAAGUCCUUCUGUUGCCCCACCAGAAGAUCCAUAAAGGUGAGAAGGUAACCAAGCUUUUAAUGAGCUCCCGGCCAGGCCUGUCCUACAGCCUUCCAAUGCUUUUUUCUCCCCACUCACUUGUUCUCAUUCCUUACCAAAAAAAAAAAAAAAAA